AUGAUUUAGGAUGCGUGGUGGCUAAGUGGUAAAGCUGCUUGGCUUCCGAACCCAGUCCCUGGUUCGAAUCUCGAUGAAGACUGGGAUUUUUAAUUUCGGAAUCUUUAGGGCGUCUUUGAGUUGACCUAGCUCUUAUCAGUGUCUGACUUUAGUUGGGGAAAGGUAAAGGAGGUUGGUCGUUGUGCUAGCCAUAUGACACCCUCGCUAAACCCAUUUCUACUUACAUCCUUUUGUAUAGUUGGAGAGUUGGAGAGCUCUUUACGCCAGAGCUUCGUUUCAAUAUCCAGUCAUUACAAAUAUUCAAAAUGUUAGCUGCUAAACAAUGACAUAGAAGUGAAUUUCUGAAUAGCUUGUGUUUUCUGUCGUCCACAAGAGUAAAGAGUGUAUUAUAAGAGGAAAGAGAUCUUUAGUAACAAAAUGCCAGAAACUUCCUACGACCAGUGGAGACGAGUAUACACGUACAACGAACAAGUGCUUCGUUCACUAAGUCCUGGAGACAUUGUCAAAUUUAAGAACUCAUCCUAUGAACAUUGGGCUAUUUAUGUUGGUGGACAAAACGUGAUUCACAAGGCAGGUAGAGGUGUUAGCAUCUUUCGUAAAUCUCAGCCUGUAGAAGUCAAAGAAGAACAGUUCUUAGAUGUUGCAGGCGAAAAUUUGGCUGAAAUCGCCAAUCAGCACGAUCUACAAAAGAGUCCUUUGCAAAGCUUUUUAGUAGUAGAUAGAGCUCGAAGUCAGCUUGGGAAAGAACCGUUUCAAGGUCAGCAUGGAAACAACGAACAGUUUGUUCUUUGGUGCAGGUAUGGCGAAGAACAAGUUAACAAGAUCUAAUUGGAAUGGCUACUUUUUGCCUGGGUAUGAUCGCUGCUCUUGUGGUAUGGUGCUUCCUAGGCAUUUCGGCAGGGGAAGAAACCCAGAUACCAAUCUGUGGAUCUCAGAACCCAAACGAUAACAUUAUUGACCUUACUGAGCCGAUCAAUCCAGGACCAUUCCACGACCUAACCAAAGUGGAGAUAAUUAAGUUGAGAGAAUUUCUCGAAAAUGAUACGCAAAUCAAUACAUCCAAAUUUGAAACACGAAUAAUAAAUUCCAGUUAUAUUUAUAUGGCUGACCUUUACCCUCCCUCAAAGGAGAACACUUUGAGCUUUUUAAAAGGAAUUGGACCGCAGCCUCCAAGAGAAGCCAGAGUAAUGAUGUUCAGGGGUGACAAAUCUCCACCUGUUGUGGAAGAAUACAAGUGUGGCCCUCUGCCAGAUGUGCAAGUCUGUCAACUAAUACGUUUACCUGGUCGUAAAAAUCCAGUACCAUUUGCUUAUAGACCGUAUGACAAAACUGAAUUUCACUUUAUUGAUGUCUAUAUAUUAAAGCCACUGAACCAGUCAAUCUACCAGAUUUUAAUGGAGAGCUACAACUCAACCUUUUGUUUACCGCCACACUCUCCUGCUUGCCUAACGUUUGGUUUCCUGCCCGUGGGAACAGCUUUUCUAGGAGACAGUAAUAAAAGACGGGCAUGGAUGAGUUUCAGCUAUGACUUGCCCUUUAGUUCCAUUCACCCCGUUGAUUUUGGCAUCCUUAUUAAUUUGGACGACGCAGAUGCCAGCAGAUGGAGAAUUGAAAAACUUUGGUAUGCGGGUCAAAUGUUUAACAGUGUUGGACAUUUGAUUGAUCAAUAUCAGAACAACAAAAUUCAUAAGAUAGUAUUGCACAAACUGGUGGACAACGCAGAACUUUUCUCAAGUUUACAACUACGAGGUGAUCCAGUUCCACAGAAACCUCAAAGACCUCCACUCCAAGUGGAGCCUGAUGGGAAAAGAUAUUCCUUGGUCAACAGGGAGGUGACAUACAUGAACUGGAAAUUCAACUUCAGGAUGUCCGCCCUAACAGGACCUGUCCUGUACAAUGUGAGAUUUAAAGGGGAGAGACUCGUCUAUGAGAUGGGACUUCAAGAAAUAGCUGUGUUUUAUUCUGGGCCUACGCCUUUAACGGAGACUAUUAACUUUGUGGACAGUGGGGAUUUGUUAGGAACUCACUCUAAGUCCUUGAUACCAGGCGGAGACUGCCCAGAACAUUCAACCUUGGUUAACCAGACAUUCUGGAAUCAGCACAACAAGGAGGUGUCCUCUUAUGACGCCACAUUCUGUCUGUUUGAACAUAACACUGGCUACCCACUGAGGAGACAUUCCUCUUAUUCCAAACAAUUUGGUUCGUUCUACGGAGGCAUGUUGAACUCAGUACUCACUCUCAGAUCGGCCCUUACUAUUGGCAACUAUGACUACAUUAUAGAUUUUAUCUUCCAUCAGAACGGAAUCAUUGAGACAAGACUAAUGAGUACAGGCUACAUUGUGGCAUCAGUAUUCAGUGAACUAAUGAGGCCUUAUGCUUUUCAACUUAAGCAGAACAUUGUAGGCCCCGUACACCAUCACAUGGCACAUUUCAAAGUAGAUCUGGAUGUGUCCGAAACUAUAAAUCGCUUUGAGACUUUAGACAUUGUCAAAGAAAGUGUGUUUCUCAAACAGAACUCCAACGUCAGUUCAGAGCAAAUACAGUUCGUGUCUUCCUUAAAAGAAACUGAAUUGGACGCUGUCUAUGACUAUAAUUUUAGAACCCCUAAAUACCUGGUUGUUCACAAUAACAAUGAAAGGACGGAAUACGGGGCGAUUAAAGCUUACAGAGUACAACUUAAUGGGAUGUCGCCCAGUCUUGUCAAUGAAGAUGUUGGUCAUGAGAGAACUAUCCCUUGGGCCAGGCAUCAGAUGGUCGUGACAAAACACAAGGAGAGCGAGCAAUGGUCAAGCUCAAACUAUGGCAUGUUUGACAGCUUGGACCCUGUUGUAAACUUUACUCAAUUUUACUCAGAUGAUGAAAACAUAGUAGAUGAGGACCUGGUGUUGUGGAUCUCUGCUGGUUUGUAUCACAUCCCCCACACGGAAGACCUACCUGUCACUCCAACAGUUGGGAACCAUCUGAGUUUUUUCCUUCUACCUUACAACUACUUCCCGGAGUGUCCGUCGAUGGGGUCACGUGACGCUAUGUAUAUUGAACACUUAAAUAAGUCCGACUACAGUCAGGGUGUCCGAGUAGAAAGAAAUGGAAAUUCCCGCAACCAAUGUGUCACAAGAAGAUCAACUUUAGAAGAACUUCUAGCACAAAAUCCAGACAUGGCACUUGAGACCAACCGUGUCGACCCAAAUCAGUAGCUUUUCAAUUUAAAUAAAAUGUGACUUUUUUCGUCAAAACACUUU